AAACACUAGCAAUAUUAUACUUUCUUUGAUUUUUCGGGUUUACUUGUCUGUAAACAAAACUCAGUUUCGGAAAGAAAAUGAAGCUCGUCUUGGUGACAUUCUUGCUUGUUUCUCUUGUUCUCAGCUCCUCUUUCUUUGAGGUGUCAAUGGCAGGUUUCUGUGACUCUAAGUGUAAGGUGAGGUGCUCAAAGGCAGGAAUAAAAGACAGGUGCUUGAAGUACUGUGGAAUUUGCUGUGGGAAAUGCAACUGUGUUCCAUCUGGGACAAACGGGAACAAGCAUGAAUGCCCUUGCUACAGGGACAUGAAGAACUCCAAGGGCAAGCCCAAGUGCCCUUAGAUUUUUCCCUACUUGUAUUUCUCUUCCUUUACUUUCCAUCAUAACAAUGUUGUAGAAGGCGUACGUCCGCUUGUGGGACUAAAUUAAGAAUCAUGGAGGAGGACCCAUUGAAGGUUUCUAUUAAGCUAUAUAUAUAUAUAGUAUAUUAAAUGAAUAAAUGGGUCCCUUCGGUGGUUUAUGAAUAGGUUGCCUCAUUUGAUUGAUUUCCAUGUACUCUGGUAAUUAUCUAAUGUGACCAUUGAUGUGAUUUAAUUGAUGAUCGA